AUGUCGAGUUCCAAGGAAGGAACAUCCGAUUCAAAGGUGAACAAGAAGAUGUUGAAAUCCAUCGAAACCGUUUCACAAGGAUGGUCGAUGAGAAACUUGAGCAUUACAAUUGAAUCGGGUUGCUACGAAACCGUAACACCUCAACCAAGAGAACCAAGUCACUAUCGCGAAAAGCUACAAAACAAAGAAAUCGUUAACUGUAGCACCAAAACAAAAGAGCAAAUUGAGAAGGAAUUACUUGAGCUUCUUAAAUCUUACCGCAAAUCCAUGAAAGCUAAGUGUGCUCUUCCUUCUAAAUGUAAGAAAGAUAAAUGUGUUUUUCCUAUUGAAAAAUCUGAUGUUGUGCUUGAAAGUAGUCAAGCUUGUGGAAAACUAAUCCUUUUCAAACCGGUGCAACCGAGUAGUAUUGAUUUUUUUUCACACGUUCUUGAAGAAAAAGCAUCAGCAUAUGCACAAAGGUGUUUCCCAUAA